UUAACUGUCGCUCGUGAAGGAAGGAUGUACGCAAUGCAUUGAACAUUUCGUGCUCAUUUGUGCUUUUUUUUACGUUCUCACGUUCACCAUGACGGGGAGUAAGAACGGCAACGAGCCAGAGACCAAAUCACCGCGGGAAAGUGGCGAGGACAGUGAGGACGAGAGCGAGAUACUGGAAGAGAGUCCUUGCGGAAGAUGGUCCAAGCGGCGGCAGGAGGUCCAGCAGCGGGAUGUGCCGGGCAUCGACGCCGCGUACUUGGCCAUGGAUACAGACGAGGGCAUGGAAGUCGUGUGGAAUGAGGUGCGAUUCAGCGAGCGGCGCAACUUCCGCGAGCAAGAGGAAAAGAUCCGGUUAGUGUUCGACAAUCUCACGCAGCUCGACCACCCCAAUAUUGUCAAGCUCCACAAGUACUGGAUCGACAGCAAGAACGACAAGCCCCGGGUCGUCUUCAUCACGGAAUACAUGUCUUCAGGGUCACUGAAAAAGUUCUUGAAGCUGACCAAGCGCAAUGUGAAGAAGCUUCCUCUGCAGUCUUGGAAGCGAUGGUGUACCCAAAUCCUCUCUGCUCUCAGUUACUUGCAUUCGUGCUCCCCCCCUAUCAUCCACGGCAACCUCACAACCGACACCAUAUUUAUCCAGCACAACGGCCUCGUCAAGAUCGGCUCAGUGGCACCUGAUCAGAUCCACUCCCAUGUCAAGACCUGCAGAGAUGACAUGAAAAACAUGCACUUCAUUGCCCCGGAAUAUGGAAGCCAUGCACCAGUCACCCCAGCAGUAGAUAUCUAUUCUUUUGGUAUGGCAGCUUUAGAGAUGGCUGCCCUUGAGAUACCAGGCAAUGGAGACUCGGGCAAUAUUGUUACGCAGGAGCAGGUGCAAAAAACUAUACAUUCCCUUGAACACGAGUCCCAGCGGGACUUCAUUCGGCAGUGCCUGAUUGCAGACCAUAAUAAACGACCUCGCACCACAGAAUUACUUUUCCACAAAGUCUUGUUUGAGGUCCACUCCUUGAAGUUGCUUGCUGCUCACUCUCUCAUACACAACCCAAAGAAGUCCAACAAGAACAUUGACAACUGUGUAGAAGAAAUGCUGCAGCAACAGUACCAUCAGGACAGCAUCUUGGCUGAGAUUAAACACAAGGAUCGUGAACCGACGCUCUUCAGGAUGAAGGAUAUCCCAGUCCUAGAGAAGCUCGAGAAGUUCAUGGAAGAUGUUAGGUAUGGUAUUUACCCUCUAACGGCCUUCAAGCUCCAGCAGCCACCUCCGUCCCGACCUCGAGCCAUUUCCCCAGAGGCAGUUGAUCCCGUUGCAUCAGAUGCCCAGGAGGUGGCACAGAUGGAGACCCGUAAAGUUAUAAACAUGAUGUGCAACAUUAAGCCUAAUGAAAAUGGACAUGGUUUGUUUAUGACCAUCUCAUUACGUUUAGAAGACAAGAUGAAUCGGCAGCUCUCUUGUGUGGUAGAAGACGGGGAAGGAGCUGCGGCACUAACUGACGAACUUGUCAGAUACGGUUUUAUUAGCCAAAUUGACAAAGAUGAAAUAACCAGUUUAAUAGAAGAUCACCUAACACGGGUGCGAAAUGGUCUUUCUGUGUCAAUGGCUUCGGGCCGAAAUGGCGUGGGAGGCAGUGUUUCAGGUCAAGACACUCUGCGUGUAAUGCAUCCCCCUACGAUCACAACAGCAACUAGAUAACACCCAUGAUUCUCCCACACUCAGGCACAGCCCGUGUACCACACACUGUGAACUUAAUGAAAAGAUUUUGUUUAUUAAAGUCUUAAUUCUGCAAUAGAAUUGUUAGAUAUUUUUUUAUUAUUAUUAGUUAUUAAUGAUGAUAAUGAUAAUAAUGAUAUUCAUUACUAUUAUUGUUAUCGUUAUUGUUAUUUUUGUUAUUUUUUUUCCUUUUUAUUAGGUGCAUUUAGGGGUAGUGAAAAAAAACAGAGACCAAACACAACUUUAUUGUUUUUUGUGCAGUACACUAAGUUGAAAAUGUGAAUAUUUAUAUAUAUAUAUCUGAGUUUGUUGUUUGGUCGUGAAAGCAUUUGGGAGAUGUCAGGUGCACACGGGAGUCUGUCAUGUUAGAUGGAAUAUGUCGUAGAGAAUGAUAUUUUGACAUGUUAACAUGAGCUCCCAGGUAUUGUGAUAAGAGAAGAUUAAGAGGGCUCAUUUGUGCUUAAUGGGUCGAAGGUUCUUCCCUCCUCGCUCUCCCCUCGUCUUAUUCAGUGCCCGAGCUGAUAUCCAGCGAGGUAACAGAGAGGCUCGUAGCGUAGUCUGUCUGUCCUAGGCAAGGAUGGCUGGAUGAGGAGAUGGCUGUAUUGUGUACUCUUUAGAUACUUUUUUUAGGGGGGAGUUGAUUGUAAUGACACCAUGUUAAAUACUUUUUUUUUUUGAUUCAUUUAUUUAUUUUUAUUAUUUUUUUUAUUCCUAUAUUGUUGUUCUUUGAGAAUAUUGUAUGAGAACCAGCAGUGAUUGAUUAAUUUUGAGUAUAUGGAUCCCUGAGAAGUUUUAUUUGUUUUGCUCCUGACUUAUGAAGCAUUCAUUGUGAUUAGUAUUGUCCACCAUAUUUUUUUAUAUUGGAAAGGUAUUUUACGGUGAAUCAUAUAUUUUUCAUGAAAAGGACAUAUCAAUGAAGCAAAAGGAUCAAUGGAAAGCUUGGUAAAUAAUGCUGAUCUGUCUCGUCCUUACAUGUAGUACAUUUAUACUUUUGAAGUAUGUGUGGCAGUAUUGUAGUGUCUCAUUCAAAUGUGCCUGGGGAAAACUAUUGCAAGGAUCUGAAAAUCCUUUCAUUGUGUUGUUUUUUGUUUCUGUUUUAUUUUACAGUUAUCUUUUAUUAUAUUAUUAUUAUUAAUAUUUUUUUAUAAGAACGUAAUGUAUAGGUGUUUCAUUUUUACCCAGAUACAUCCUACAUGCUCUUUGUAAUUUGCAGUUUUUUGGGAACCAAUGGAGGUAGGGCUCCUCUUUAGGCUCUUGAGCAACAUCGUGUUUGGCAAAUCAUCCAAGGCAUUAAUGCUUCAUUGCUUUGACUUUCAGUUUGUAAGCUGCAUUGCAUAGAUAUUCUGUCCCAAUUUCAGGACACUUGGAAGACUGGUGAGAGAAAAAAAAAGAUUCAUUCAGUAAAUACAGUGUUUGGAGAAAAGCAUUGACUAAAGUGUGUUUUAGAUAGUAGUGUCUUUGAAAUCAUAUUUGUUUUAAAUUACUUUAAAGUCUGGCAUCUUGUAAACUUUCACUGAUAAUACAAUACCAAGUUUUUGCCUUACGGAAUUGAAAUCGUGCUUUGGAGUAUUUGUGAAUAAGACAUUUCAUUGGGUAAUUUCAUGUGCUUAUGGUAAGACCAGCUAUAAUAGUCUUAUACACAAAGAUUUUUUUUUUCCUUUUUUUCUUUUUUUAUUCUUUACACUUGUUCCCUGCAGAUUAUGCAUGGUACAUAGUUUUGUACACUUAUUACUAUGCAUGGUACAUCAGUAUUAUCAUGUUUAGCUGCAGAGCGUAUCGGUCAGUUGCUUCUGAUCUAACACAACAACUUGUUAUCCUUUGUGUUAAUGUGACAUACCUUACCAUACUCUGUUUUAUAGACUAUAUCUGUUAGAGGGGGAUCCUAAGCCUGUUCAGUUACAGUUCUUAUAGAAUGAAGCGUAUAGAAUGACAUGGAGUAAUCUCUUGGUCACUUGAAUAUUAGUUGAUAUUAACAACAUGUGGUUUACUUCUGUUACUGUGUGUGCACCUUCUGUGUCCAUACUUUUUUGUAAUAUUAAGGUUAUCUUGAUUUGUAAAUAUUGGCAUGAUAAAUUCUAGGUUGGAACUUGUUAAGACACUUUUCUACUAGAAGGUUUAGGUGUAAUGUCCAAAACUGAACACCUGCUUGUAAGUUCUUUGCUUAUGGGCUAGUGAUUGUCUAGUUGAGCAAGAAAUAAUGUUUUAUAUAAAAUUUGGUUAUUGGUUGAUUACAUUGAGUGGUACCUGUUUCAGUUGCUCUUCAUUUUUUUCAAGUUUAAGUGAAGACUGCAGCAUUUGAAGCAGAUUUGAUCUUGUGCUAUGUAGCACCUAUUAUAAGUAUGCCAUCAUUGUCAAAAGGAAUCUUUGAAAAGUGUCUUCUUGUGUAGGGUUUCUAAAAAAGAAUAGAAGGGAUUGACUUGUGAUUGUCAUUUAUCAUGUGAAUUUCUUUUGGAUUUUUUUCUUGGGUCUUAAUUUGAUGCUGCUUAUCUGGUAAGCUGGCUACAAUUAAGGACACCGGGAAAAUAAAUUCAUAUGUGAAGUAACAUAUGAUGCAAAAGCAUGCACCAGGAGAAUAAGCAAAGGUAUUCAGCCACCUACCAAGGCUGUCAAUACCUAAUCUAGUCUAGUGGCACACACCUCAGAAGAAACCCAGAAGGAUGAUAGCUGCGGUGCUACAAAUGGCCUGUUUGUUUCAUGUUGCAUGAAAGGAAAAACACCAAAAGUUGUACUUUUGUAGUGUUUUACAAGAGCCACCAGUUCUUAGUUGGUUGUCUGUGACAGCGGUAAUUUGUAAAUGUUCCAAGUAAUUUGUUCGUAGUAUGCAAAAACAGCGAGAGGUUGUUAAACUGGAAGACAGGAAAUGAAAUCUCUGUUCUGAAAGACCCAUGGAGAAAGGUUUGCUGAAGUGAUCCUAUGUAUCCUGAAGUUCACCUUGGACAGUUACUUGGUCAUUAUUUGUAUUGGUGAAUGGCUGACGGCAUGUAUGGUUGUGUGUAAGGUUUGUGUGGUUGUAUAUAUACACUAUAUAUACAUAAUGUAUAUAUACUGUAUAUGUAUUGGGAGGGGGGUUAUCUUUUGAUUACUUGCUCAAAUGAUGGAUACAUGUCACUACACUAUAACCUCAAUGUUUCAUAUAUAGUUUUUACUCUGUUGUGCCUUUUAAUGAGGAACACUUUUUAUUUUUAAAUGAUUAUUGGUAUCCAAAAGAUUUUAUUUUGACUGCUAAAAUGUCAUUAUGAGUGUCUGUAGGUAACUUUUCAACCAAAGAUUUGUGUCUAAAGUUGUUACUCAAUAUAAAUCACCCACAUGAGUUUACAGGAAUAAACUAUUUUGGGUGUUAUUUGAUACUCCUUUUUUAUUAAAGAAAUCUUUAGGGGGUGAAUGAUAAUUAAAUGUAGAGAGAUAUUGCACAACAUUUCAUGGAUGGAAAUUUUUUGAGAGUUCUGGGUGUACCUUUGCUGAUGCACCUUGGAGAGCUUGUUAUUAUCAGUUAGCUAUAUGGCAUUGUAACAUUCUGUAAAAAAAAAAGAAAAAAAAAAGAUAUAUACCUUGCUUGGUUAACUCAAGGGUACUAUAAUGAGGUUGGUGUAAAGCAUUUGUUUCCUCUUCUCUCUCCAACAAUUACUACAUUGCAGUUCAGUUAGAGAAUGUGCAGUCUUCUUGUACAGUUACCUAAUGGUUUAGCACAGGAUGUAUUGGAAUCAUCAAGGUGUUUGUAACCAGAAAAGAGGUUUUGUAUCUAUAUAAUCUGACAAUGAACACUUGUGUAUUGGGUCAGAACUUGAUGAUCAUUGUGUAACACUCCAUUAGGAAUGGUAUGUAAUGAUUUAUUAUUCUGCAAAAUUAUUUUGUUCAUUGACAUCCAAUAACAAAUGAAUAUUUUUCAGCA